AUGUCACGUUUCCUGCGUACAGCGGGCGACGAGUCGGAGGAAGAGUCUUCUGAGGAGGAAGAAGAAAUGUCAGAAGAAGAUGAGGAGGAAGACGACGAAGCUGCUCAGACGAAGAAAGUGCCCGGAAGUAGGUUCCUGAAGGGUGCUGAGAGCGAGUCCGAGAGUGAGGAGGAAGAGAAGAAGAUCGUCAAAAGCGCCAAGGAUAAGCGCGUAGAGGAGAUCGAAGGAUGCGCCAAGAGCAUGGACAACGCGCUCAAGAUCAACGACUGGGUGAAGAUUCAGGAUGAGUUUGACAAGCUCCUUCGUCUUGUGCAACGGCAAGCGCUCGUGAACGAGGCCACCCCACCGCUCUACAUUAAGACGCUCGUCGACCUGGAUAGCUCUAUGAACGCUGCUCUUGCCAAGGAGAAGACCGCCUCCAAAAAAAUGCAGGCCAAUAACGCUCGUGCCCUAAACGCAAUGCGGAGCAAGCUGCGCAAAACACUGAAGGAAAACGAGGAGCAGAUCAAGGUGUACACGGAGGAUCCCGAGGCUUUCGAGCGUGCAUACCAAGCGCAACAAGCGCCGCCCGAACCUGUCGCUGCACCCGCAAAAGCACGUAAAGUGCGUGUUGAGUUGGACGAGGUGGAAGCUGGUGCUGCUGGGGGCGAUGACUUCACCACCGUUGGCAAGGGCGGGAAGGCGCUCUCCUUCACGGCAGACCAGGUGCUGAAGACCCUCGCCUCCGUCGCUGAGGCGCGAGGCAAGAAAAAUACCGACCGGGCAGAACAGUCGCGCAUCCUUGACAAAUUGGCGGAGGUGGCGGGCACGACCUACCAACAAAUACGGGUUUUCCUUGCACUCGUUAGCUCCAGGUUCGACUACAACCCCAUGGCGUCCUAUAUGCCACUUGAUGCGUGGGCGAGCGCAAAGACGGAGAUCGACAACCUUGUCAAGAUCCUCAUGCGUGACGCUCAAUAUGCAGUGGUGGAAGACCUCACUCUCGAGUACAACGACCUGGACGACCGGUCCCCACAGAAGGAGGACGGCCUCGUUCGCAUCAGGGGCAGCAUCAUCAGUUUUGUCGAUCGGCUAGACGACGAGUUCACCCGCAGCUUGCAGAAUAUCGAUCCGCAUGGACAAGAGUAUGUGGAGCGGCUGAAGGAUGAGCGGGGUUUGUAUGAGACUAUCUGCCGCGCGCAGAUGUACUUUGAGCAGAAGCAGGUGGGUGAGAACGCGGCUCGGAUCGCUUAUCGGAGAUUGGAUCACAUUUAUUCCAAGCCGGACAUCCUGAUUCAGGCGCUUGAACAAGACGUUGCUACCGCCAUGCCCGACUUCCCCCGCUCUUCGAGCUCUUUGACUUCCGCCGGCUCCAGUGCCGCACUGAUCGAUUCCUUGUGCAAACAGCUAUACAAGUCUGGUCAACCCCUGCUCCGCACACGCGCAAUCCUUUCCCAUAUCUACCACCAUGCUCUUGCCAACAACUUCGAGACAGCACGGGAUAUGAUGCUCAUGUCCCACUUGCAGGACAGCAUCCACGCCACCGACGCCGGCACGCAGAUCGUAUACAACCGUGUUGUCGUUCAACUCGGCUUGGCUGCGUUCCGGCAAGGUCUAGUGCGCGAGGCGCAUUCUAUCCUGCAAGAAAUCUUCUCCACACAGCGCGUCAAGGAGCUCCUUGCCCAAGGUCUCCACCAACAGCGGUACGGUGUCGUGCUCACUCCCGAACAGGAGAAGGCAGAUCGUGCUCGUCAAUUGCCUUUCCACAUGCAUAUCAACUUGGAGCUACUCGAAGCCGCGUUCCUUGUCUCCUGUAUGCUGGUCGAGGUCCCUACGCUUGCAAGUCUCGAUACGGAAGAGCAGAGGCGAAAGGCCGUCAGCAAGCCCUUCCGCCGCUUGCUUGACUACGCAGAUCGGCAGGUGUUCAUGGGCCCACCCGAGCACACACGAGACCAUAUCAUGCAGGCGAGCCGUGCGCUUCAGGACGGCGAGUGGGAGAAAUGCCGCGAUCUGAUCCAAGGGAUGAAGGUCUGGAGCCUCAUGGGUAACGAGAAGCAAGUCAAGGAGAUGCUAGCCCAACGUAUUCAGGAAGAGGGCGUGCGUACAUACCUCUUCACCUUUGCGCCGUACUAUACCACCGUCUCCCUCGAACUCCUGUCCAAGACUUUCUCCCUCCCCGUCCGCUCUGUCACGUCCAUCGUCAGCAAGAUGAUCUGGAACGAGGAGCUGGCUGCGUCCCUCGAUCAGGAGACGGGCGUCGUCGUAUUCACUCGUACUGAGCUUACACGGGUGCAACAACUUGCACAGGCCUUGUCAGAGCGUGUCGCAAACCUCGUUGAUGCAAACGAGAAGGCACUGGACCUGAAGCUGGGCGGUGGCAUAGAAGGCCGUGGCACGGGCGAGGCAGGAAAGACUGGAGAGCGGAAAGAGGGUGGCACCGCCGGUACUGGAGAGCGGAGAUUUGACCGCACACGUACUCAACGAGCGGGUGCUACUCGCGGGACUGGGUUCAGGGGAGAGCGAUUCUCUCAAGGACUGGGAAAUCGGGUGGGUGGUGCACAGAAUGCGGGUGCCAGAACGAGGGUUGCUGCAUAG